AACAGGAAGCGAGUUUCACCAUCCAACCAUCAGCCUUUUCCAUUUCUGUCUAUUUCUCUUUAAACAAUCAGAAGAUCAGCAACAGGAAGGCAAACUCAGGAUGUUGAUUUUUGAUCAAAAGAUUCUCUGUAGCUUCAUGUUUCUGCUGACAGGUGUUGUGGGUCAAAUGGUUCAAUAUGGAUUUGUUUCCACCUGUGCAGUGAGAGGAUCAACCGUCACCCUCCCCUGCUCUUUCACACCUUUAGCAUCCUUUACAGAGGAUGGAAAAGAAAUUCCUCUGAAGAUCGUCAGAGUCCGUUGGUGUGUAAACCAUGAAAUCUGUCAGACAACAACCCCAUCUGUGUACGACAGCAACUCAUCCAACAACAACCCUCGAUAUCAGUACCUGGGAGACAUGAAGUCAAACUGUACUUUACAAGUCAGAGAUGUUCAGAUGAUCGAUAAUGCAACCUUUCGCUUCAGGAUGGAAGCUGAUAAUGUAAAAGGACAUUUUACAAAACGAGGAGAUGGAAUAGACGUGAGAGUCGUUGAGACAACUAAAAUGAGCAUAAAGAGCUCCAGCAGCAACAGCACGUUCAGAAGGGGUCAAACUGUGUCACUGCAGUGCACCUCUGGAGACUGCACUGUCCACCAACUGGAGAUCACCUGGAUUAAAGAUGGCCGUGCCCUCUCUGAGACUAGCCCCGCCCUCCUGCUUGGCCCUCUGACUCUAGAGGAUUCUGGGAAUUACUCCUGUGUUCUGAAGACCGACAACGAGACGCGGUCAGAUCCGUUCAGGCUUCAGGUGGAGGCGGAGAAUAAAUCCUACCUGCCUCUGAUCCUUGGAGGGGUGUUUGGUGUCCUGCUGGUUGUGAUCACGCUCAUCCUGGUCAUCAUCAUUAAAAGGAAGCGAGCAGCCAUGAGUCGUAAUGAUGGUGGAGGCGUGAUGGAGCAAAAGCCUGCUGAUAGCAUCUACACCAGCAUACAGCCACCUGCUGCGGUCCAACCAGGGACUCAGAGGAUGGAAACCAGCCAAGAGACUGAGGAUGUCAGCUAUGCGGCUGUCCAGUUCAGUGCCAACAAACACAUCAGAAAAUUGGAGGAGACAGCCAAUUCUUCCGUCUACGCCUCAGUCGUCACCAAAGGCUGAAGCCACCUUCUGGCCGGCCUUUAUCGUCAUUAGCAUCAUCAGGUUCCUGUUUUACUAAUCAUCAAACAAGAUUUUUGCUUCAGUUUGAUUUUAAAAUUUCAGGCUAAAAUCCUGAUGUUUGUUCUGUCAAUCUUGCCUGAAUUACAUGUAUUUAUAAAUUUACAAAGUUUUUUCAAAGUCAAAAGUAAACCCAUCUGUAGCGUCCAGCAAUGGUCAGCUUAGGUACAGCCUGACCUUUCACCAUCUAUUCAACAUCUGGUCAGAAAGGAGACACAGCAUUGCAUGUGUUCCUUUGAAAUGAGUCUGCCUUCACACCAGCUGGGAUUCACAGACCCUGCAAUAACUUUCUUUCCCAAGUUCUCACCUGUCUGCCUUCAGAAGAAAGAACUCCAACUCGGAUCAGUUGCUAAAUUCAAGAAUGAUUUACUAAAUCAAUAUUAACUUCUUCCAUGGCUUAUAAUCUAGAUAAUCAUUAAAUAAACGCUUGUUUGUUGCUACUUACAAUCAUUAUAUUGUAGUGAAAUGUUUCAUUGAUCUGUGCUCAAUAACUGAAGGGAAAUGAGUGUUAUGCUAUGUCUACCAAGACUGCCAUGUGUUCAACAUGUUUAGACGACAGGUCCUCACACCUGCACUCACACACAACAAGUACGGCUAAGUUGAACCCUGACACACAUAGUAUAACCCAGUCAGAGCAUCCUGUAUCAAGAAGGCGUGUUUCUGAGUUGUCUUGGUAACAUCUCUCAAACUUGUCAGCCUCUGAUUGGUUGUGCAAAUGAUAACAGCCAACCCUUAAAACUAGAUCAUUCUGAGAGAUUCGUCAGUUCUAGAGAAUCGCUCAGACCGGCCAUCUGCAGCGAAACCUCUUUAACCCUCAAAGAUUUUGACACGUCGUCAAAACCUUUUUGCACCUGCAAAGCUGAUGAGCAAACAGUUCCUGCAUCAACAAAGCUGAUAUUGUUAGACUCCUUAAGAGUCCGUCAGACGCACGGUUCCAUCCAGCUGUUGUGACCCGAGACAUUUCUGGACUGAAGAGUCGGUACCACGGUAUUCUACAGCCUUCCGGUGCCAGCAGUCAGUCGACCCCUGUGACUUUUGAAUCCACCAAGAGGGUCUCUCUGAAACGGGUGAAGUAGACAUGACAGAUUGCGUCUGAAUGUUCUUCUGAUGAUAACAACUUUAUAGUUUAGAGCAAACCAAAUUCUUUUCACCAGAACUCAGCUUAUUUUGAUAAGGAAGCUCUGCCUGACAUUUCAUUCACACAUAGGUUCCUUCCUCACGUUUAGCUCCAUCCAAUCACAGUAAAUGCUUAGUUAAUUAGUCAUGUUUUAAAUUGUUUGUAAAAUAAAUUCUUGCUUUUAUAAACUUGACUCUUUCUUGAAGUAA